AUGUCCGGUACACCCGCUACCACGACCGCGGCGCUGGGACUCAUGGUUCUAGACGUAAGGACAUUAAGCGAGAACAAUGUGUAUAUAUUAUCAUACGAGUUCUAA